GUGCCACGUGGGACUCUACAUGGCAAACAGGCAUCGCAUCUUGGAAACCAUCCAUCCAUCAACCACAGCCCCCACUCUCUUCCUUACGCCUGUGCCUAUGGCGCUCCUUCUCCUUCUUCUUCUUCGUCACCAUCAUCUUCUUCUUCUCCCUUUUCAAUUCUACAAUCCUCUUUGAAACCCUCUCUUCAUCCUCCUCUUCCUCUCUUCCUUUCCUCCCCUAAGCUCACGUGUCAGUACAGCACUCACGCGCUUCCACAAUCUCAAUACAACAGAAACCGCACCUUAUAGUAUGUGUGAGAGAACCAACAACGCCGCUCAAACCCAUCAAUUUUUUUCAAUUGGGUUAUGUUUACACUCCGAAAUUUCGAAUUUUUCCGUCUGGGUAUCGCCCUUUUCGUCGUGACAGGUAUCGCUAAUAGCUCCUUUCUCUCUAAGUUUGGAUCUGCAGUCGGGGCCUUCGAUUCUUUUGUUUCUAUUUAUGUAAUCGGCGCGUGGUUGUUCUCAGAAAUGUGAUUGGCCUUUUAUUUUUCAAUUAUUUUUUCUUUAUCUUGAACGUAAUUCGAAAUCAUAAACUCACCUAUUGAGUGUAGCAGCAACGGGGCAACGCUGUAUGGUUCUUGUCGGGAGUUGUUUGUUGUUUGUUGUGAUGAUGUGAGUGGUGCUCAUGUGUAAUAAAGGGUUUCAAUGCUUGAGCGAGUGUGAGAGUGUAAUUGAUCAUCGACAACACUUCUUCAUGGAUAGUCCCAUUCGAUCGCCGGCUACCGGUUCCGGUUCCGGUUCCGGUUCGGCACCUGGUUCCAAUGAUGAUAGCCGGCGUGUUAAGUUCUUGUGUAGCUUUCUGGGGAGCAUAAUGCCCCGUCCCCAAGAUGGGAAGCUGCGUUAUGUUGGCGGUGAGACGCGAAUUGUGAGUGUUCUGAGAGAUAUCAGCUAUGAGGAGUUGAUGGUUAAGAUGAGAGAGCUGUAUGAAGGGGCAGCUGUGUUGAAGUACCAGCAGCCUGAUGAGGAUCUUGAUGCUCUUGUCUCUGUUGUCAAUGAUGAUGAUGUGGUUAACAUGAUGGAAGAGUAUGACAAGUUGGGGUCAGGGGAUGGAUUCACCCGGCUCAGGAUUUUUUUGUUUUCGCAAUCUGAGCAGGAUGGUUCAUCACAUUUCAUUGAUGGGGAUGAUUCUGAAAGGAGGUAUGUUGAUGCUUUGAAUAGUUUAAAUGAUGUUUCUGACUUUAGGAGAUUGCAACAAGCUGAGUUUCCUAUGAUUAGCCCUGUUGAGGAGAUUCAUAUGGCUGAUCAGUACUUUAAUCCAAUUAGUGUGGAAAGUGGGGUUCAUAGCCAGAGAAGUGGGGACCUAUCUAUGUCACAGUACAAUAUGCAUCAUCUCACGAUCCAGCACCCGCAAAGUAUAGGCCAGAGGUAUAAUGAAAUGGAUGCUCCUUGGAAUCCUUCCUAUUACUCUCCUAGGCAUCAUGGUCUUCAUGACUCCAGAUCGUUGGUUGAAUUUCCAUCUUCUCCUUCUGGCACAAGGUUUCGUAUGCAGUUUCCUGAGAUACUGGAUAAGUCCAUUGAUAGAGUGCCCGAAGAGUUUGCUCGACACCACGUAAAUCAUCAUCCAGUGUACGACAAUCAACCACAAUAUUCUGAAAAUGUUGUGUGGGUGCCAACUGGGGCACCACAUGGUGAAAAAUCAGGUUUUCCAGCUAAUCUUCUUCAUGGCCACCAUGUUCUUGAUGGGAACAGUAUUUGUGAGCAGUGUCGCAUGGGUUUUCAUAGAGGUCAACCACAUCUGGAGCAUUCUAAUAUUAGUAAUGGACUUCCACCGAUUACUAAUCCAUGUGCAGAAUGCCCGACAAGCAAGGAUUCUUUCCCGGUGAAUGCUGAUGCAAAGUUACAUCCUGUGAUCUAUCCCAAUGAGCCUAGCAAUGAUCAUAGGUCUGUUUAUACUGAUACUCAGAAUCAUGAGAGAGGAUGGGGUUUGAGGCAUCAGACAACUACUCGGGUUGAGGAAUCAAGAGGACAUGUCUCUGGAUCUGGAAGAGUGGGUGAUGUUCCUGUUGUAAAUUUUUCUCUUGGACAUGGUAGUGUGACUGAUGGACAUACCUUGUCUUCCAAUUAUGUGUAUCAACGACCCAGACCUGAAUCGGGAGCUGAACUAUUCCCUGACCAAACCGUGACAGCUAUACCACAUCUAAAUAUGCCUCCUCUGGAAGAGCACGCUGCAAGGUAUGGAAAUCCACCUCCUCCUUAUGUUGUGGAUAAUAAUUAUGCAGUACCUCGUGGACAUCCACCUGGGCAUGGUUUCUGGAGCAACACUCCUGCUCCUGUUCAUAUUGGACCAUCUUAUGAGACAAUUACUCCACAUCAGCAGGUGAAUGGUAUGAUAAAUGCUGCAUUAAUCAGGGGAGAAGGAAGUCCAGGAUUUUUCAUUGGACCAGAUAAUCAGAAUCAUUGGGUUGAUUCAUCGCAGAACUUGUCAGGACAUGACGGGUCAGCCACCCCAGAAAAUUUGUAUGCACAUGGUCUGAAGUUGAAUCCCAAGCCCCUUGGUGAAGAAAAUCAACUCCCAAUUACUGUAGAUACCAUUCAUCCCCCACAGGACAUGAAUGCAGGUACCUGCAUGGAACCUGUGCAGCUGCCAAAACCAUCUUUUAAUAUGGUUCACAAUAAAGAGGUUGCAAGAAGUGAUACUCAAUUGACUGAAGCAAUGAAUUUUCAAUCUAAAAGUUUGCUUGGAGGAGGAAUAGAAGCAAAAAAUGAGGACAAGGUUGAAAACUCUGAUGCACCACAGACUAUAUCUUUUUCGGAGAAAAAUAAAAUUGCUGAGAAUUCACGCGAAGCUGCUGCUCCUAUUGAGUCUAAUAAUUCAAAUUCAAAGCCUGAAGCAGAACGUGGACAUGUUGAGAAACUGGCUGAUAAGGACCAUUCUGCUCCAGAAGAUUCAAAGCAAUUAGUUGAUCAAUUCAGCUUCUUGCCUGAGUUGAUUGCUACAGUAAAAAAGGCUGCAUUAGAAGGUGCUGCAGAGAUGAACACCGCAGCUGAUGAGCGUGCCAAUUCUCAGAUGCACGAUUCAAAUACCAAAGAAGAAACAAAAAAUGAUGUAGAACCAGCGAAUGCUCAUGGUGAUAUAGAUUUGGACUCUGAAAAUGAUCACGUAGAUACUUCUAAAAUUGAGCCUACAAAGGCUGAGGAAGAAGCAAUUGCAAGGGGACUGCAGACUAUUAAAAAUGAUGAUUUGGAGGAGAUCCGUGAGCUUGGUUCUGGAACUUAUGGAGCAGUUUAUCAUGGGAAAUGGAAAGGUUCUGAUGUUGCCAUUAAGAGAAUAAAAGCCAGUUGUUUUGCUGGAAGGCCAUCUGAAAGAGCAAGAUUGAUUGCAGAUUUCUGGAAGGAGGCAUUGUUGUUGAGUUCAUUGCAUCAUCCAAAUGUUGUCUCAUUUUAUGGUAUUGUUCGUGAUGGCCCUGAUGGUUCUUUGGCAACAGUCACAGAAUUUAUGGUUAAUGGAUCUUUGAAACAGUUCUUGCAUAAGAAAGAUAGAACAAUAGAUCGUCGAAAGAGGCUCAUUAUAGCCAUGGAUGCUGCAUUUGGGAUGGAGUAUUUGCAUGGGAAAAACAUUGUGCAUUUUGAUUUGAAAUGUGAGAAUCUAUUGGUCAAUAUGAGAGAUCCACAGCGGCCUGUCUGCAAGAUUGGUGAUUUGGGUUUGUCAAAGGUUAAGCAGCACACACUAGUGUCUGGAGGGGUACGGGGAACUUUGCCAUGGAUGGCACCUGAACUUCUUAGUGGGAAAAGUAAUAUGGUGUCAGAGAAGAUUGAUGUUUAUUCAUUCGGGAUAGUCAUGUGGGAAGUACUCACAGGGAAUGAACCCUAUGCUGACAUGCAUUGUGCUUCAAUAAUAGGAGGAAUUGUGAACAACACUUUACGUCCUCAAAUCCCAACAUGGUGUGAUCCUGAGUGGAAGUCUCUAAUGGAAAGUUGUUGGGCUUCUGAUCCUGCAGAAAGGCCAUCGUUCUCAGAAAUUUCCAAGAAGCUGAGGACUAUGGCUGCUUCAAUGAAUGUGAAAUAGUCAAUUGAUCUUGAAACAAUUAAUUGACCUUCUUACAUUGUAUGUAGCCUAGAAUUGGUAGCAAAAGGGAAAUAAGGUGAAGCAUGGUUCUUCCGGUUCAAGGCACCAACAAGCUUAGCUUUAAGAAGGGAAAAAAAAAUAUAUUUAAAGGAGUAUUCAAGCUUAUCCAAGCUUGUAUUGUAAUAUCAUGCCUUGGUUUAAUCUAAAAAAACUCUUGUAAUGUGGCCUUUAACGGUAUUUUCCUUAGUGCAGUUACUUGCACUAUAGCAUGGAUUUUCUCCCGGAAGCAGCAUGGUGCUCUGAAGAAAGCUACAUGUGUUAUAUCAGUAUGUCACAGUUUUUGCACGUGAUCAUGGUGAUGGUAUGUAGCAAUAGUUGUGUGGUUUUACCAUCAACUGAGGAGAAAACCAUUCCUUCUGGAGAGAGGUGUACAUAAAUUAACCAACCACAUGUCUCCUAUGCUUUCAUAUGGAGAGGAUAAUGACGAAUUGUGCUUCCCGUUUGCAGAUGAAACAAAUUCAAUUUGUCAUCAAUAUUUUUAUUUGAAUUGCUUUAUUUUAUUGACAAGUAUAUUCUUAAUGACAUGAAUCUGCAUGCUUAAAGAUUUGUUUAAGCUCUUGAAGCUGCUGUAUAAAUAAAGGUGAUUUUAUUAUAUAUAUAUAUAUACACAACUGUAGGCGUUGUUCUGUUUAAUGGAGAUAAAUAUUGCUGG